CCCCAUUUUCGAUCUGAUGCCCUCGCAACCGACCGAUCAGCGAGCAUUAAACGAUGCGCGGAUAUUAUCAACAAAGCCCAGAAACCCGUUAUAUACGCAGGUAACGGAGUGCUUUCGUGUGCUGAGGGCCUGAAAGUACUGGCACAACUGGCCGAAAUUGCCUCCAUUCCAGUUGCCACUAGUUUCCUCGGGACUGGAUGUUUUGAUGAGCACGAUUUCAAGUCACUUCAGGCUGACCUGGUGAUUGCUGUGGGCACACGCUUUGACGAUCGUGCCGUAGGCGACCCCAAUCGCUUUGCUCCUGUCGCAAGAGGGGCUGGCAAAGAUCAACGCGGCAGUAUCAUCCACUUCGAAAUCCACCCCCCACAUAUCAAUAAAGUCAUUCAGUGUGAUGAAUUCGUCCAAGGAGAUGUUACCGCCGGUCUUACUGAAUUACAUCCGCAUGUCCGGAAGGUGGAGAGCAGGCCGGAGUGGAUGGGCCAGACUUCCAAUUGGAAGAAGACAUUCCCAAUCAAGCCGACGCCUCCGAAGCAAGCAACGCGAAUAUCUCCCGAGUCCGUUAUUUUACUGCCGAGUGGCCUACUGAAAAACUACGCAAACAGACCAUUGUUACCACUAGCGUUGGGUCACAUCAGAUAUGGGCAGCCCAGUUCUUCUGAUGGACAGAGAAUCGCUCGUUGA